GGGGGGGGAGCCACAUCAAUGAGUUUCGAGCUAGUUUGGAAUCUGAUUGACAGUCGGGGAUGGACCGGGUGCUUGUACUUGGUGCAAAGAGAUUGAUCCCCCACCAUGUCUGGAUCGAUAUGUGAUUAAUCUAGACUGGAAAUCCAAUAAGCAUUUUUGAGCUAACUCGAGUGUUGCUACGAUUAUCACAACGAGUGCUGUUAAUUGUCACAGUAAUCGUUCGGAGUGAAAGAACUGGGGAUAGUACUGAGCUUGCAGCAGAGGGUUAAAGUUUAGCUUGCUCUGCUUCAGGACCAUGUCGGAAAUGUUAGCAUGGAAAGUGCAUGAGAACGUCCUCACAAUGUAGCCAAGGAGAUUAAUUCUGUUUCCGAGACUAGAGAUUUCGACAAAGAUCUGUGACACUCAAUUGUAAGGCUUGGUAUUGGACCGGUUGAAUGCCCGGCGUGUGAGAGGACGGAAUCGAUGGAUGCUUACACGCCACUGCUGAGGCGAAGGAAAACAACAUUUUCAUCAUCGCUGCAGUUUCUUUUCUUGCUGCCAUAUUUCUUCUUUUGCAGCCCAAGUUAUGGUACUCUAGAACAAGGCGUUGCCUUGCAGGAAUUAAAAAACUCCGGAUGGAUUACAGUGAAGUAUCAAUCGUGGUUGGUAAACACAGACCCUUGUGUCGAAGUCUGGGCAGGUGUUGAUUGUGAUACUCAAGGCAAUGUCAUCACCUUGAACUUGACACAUGCGGGCUUAAAUGGACCUAUUCCAGAAGCUAUGGGGAGGCUCACGACCCUGGUGCAGCUAGACAUGGGAAACAACAAGGUCUGUAAGAAUUGCAGCGCAUGGAACAAAGUGACGGGCGACCUCGCUCCCCUUACAAAUCUGGUUAAUCUCGAGAGUCUGAUUUUGACUUCAAAUGAGGUGGCUACUUCGAAAUUUCCCGCGGCCAUAUUUCACCUCAAGAAACUUAAAAAUUUAAGGGUUGACAAUACGAUGAUUGGAGGAGAAUUUCCAGUGCGUCUUGCAGAAUUGAGCAAUCUUCAAUAUUUAUAUCUAGGCAAUAACACGUUCACAGGAACCCUUCCAGGGCGCAUACUAGGCACCAUGAUGAGUUUAAAAGAGUUCUCAAUCUGGGGAAAUUAUUUAACCGGUAUAAUCCCAUCAGAACUAGCAAGCCUCGCCAACUUAACCUAUCUGAAUCUAAGCAAGAACAACUUGUUUGGUGGUCUUCCUCCAGAGCUUGGAAAACUCACUAAAUUGCAGAAAAUCUUUCUGUACAAGAACAAACUUACGGGGCCUGUUCCGGAGAUGUGGCGCGGAAUGGUCAGCAUCAGCGACUUACAGCUCAAUGCCAACAACUUAUUUGGAUCUUUUCCUUCCUGGCUACUGCAAAAACCUUAUCUCUCCAUGUUGCAACUCAGCAACAACCAGAUCCGCGGUACGAUCAACGCAUCGGUCCUGAACAUCAUCGCUCCUAGUUUUAAGAAUCUACAAUUGCAGUGUAAUUACCUGGAGGGCACCAAACCAAGAGUUCAAAAUGACAGUGAUAUUAUAGCCAACCUUGACAACAACUGCUGGGAUAAUGAAUCUGCUUCGGACUCGGCAUGUGUUAGGGCUCUGAACUGCUUGAAUUUUCAACUGUAUACAAGAAAUGGAAGAUGCCCAGAUUGCCCUAGCGGACAGAUCAUGGUGGAUACCACGACUUGCAUCUGCUAUGGAGUAAUGACAAGCUCCGUCAAGAAGUUACCGAUUGGUGCCGUGAUUGGCCCGGUAGUAGGGGUUGCACUCCUGAUUCUAUUGGCGUCAUACCUCUGGUGGAGAGCUGCUAAACGCAAAACUGCCAAAAGGGAACUCGCGCUCCUAUCUCAUUCUCAUCCUGACUACUUCCAAACGGAGGAGUGUAGUAUGAGGUUCGGUAGCAUGCAGUCGUGGGAAAUCCCAAGGGGUGUGCAUCACUUCUCCAUCGAGGAUCUCAUCAAGGCAACUGAUGGGUUUGAUAAGUCCCAUGAAAUUGGAGAGGGUGGUUUUGGAAAAGUGUUCGUCGGGAAUUUCGCUGAUGGCCGCAUGCUCGCCAUCAAACGGGCUGGCCCGACUCGAUGCUCGUCCAAAGAGUCUGGCCAUGGACAGUUCAGAAACGAGGUGUUGCUACUAAGCAGACUUCAUCAUAAGAACUUGGUGAGACUGAAUGGGUUUUGUGACGACGGUGAUCAGCAGAUUCUGGUUUACGAGUACAUGAAGUUGGGAAAUCUUCACAGACAUCUCCAUGGAAACAAAGGCAAGUGCGCAACAUUGGAUUGGUACAAGCGGUUGGAGAUUGCGGUGAAUGUCGCUCAAGGCUUAGAGUACUUGCAUUCCUUUGCGGACCCUCCUGUCAUUCACAGAGACGUAAAGCCCAGCAAUAUCCUGCUUGAUGAGAACCUUGUAGCUAAAGUUGCAGAUUUCGGCAUCUCUAAAGAGUCGCCUGAGAUUGACACCCAUGUGUCUACUGGACCAGCUGGCACAUUAGGGUACUUCGAUCCUCAAUACUUCCUUCGUCGACAAUUGACGACAGCCAGUGACGUCUACAGCUUUGGUGUGGUCCUUCUGGAGCUCAUGACUGGGCGACGAGCAAUCGAAAUGAAUUGCCCUGACGACGAGGAAUCCAAUCUUAUAGAAUGGACUAAAAAGAAGAGAGAGGCAGACCAAGGGAUUGAAAGCGUAGUGGAUCCUAAACUGGAGGGAAAUUAUCCACGAGAGUUGUUUGAGACUCUAGUAGAUCUGGGAUUGAAGUGUUCAUCCUUUAAUAGAGUCGUUCGGCCCACAAUGAAGGUUGUAGUGAGCAUUCUGGAGCCUUUAUUGCAAGCAGCAGAAAAACCACCCCAAACUAUUUCAGUACAAUCUUUGCAAUCAUGGCCCUCUCAGCCACUCCUUCCAUCUCCGACUUCACACAGCAGCACAGCAGGGAGAGAUUUCAAGAUAGACGUAGGUUUGGAAGAAUUGCAUUGAAGAAAACAUUAAUUUCCUGAGAUGCAACUCACAAGCAUCUACACAACUAAGAGCAUGGGGCUGGAAGCGGUGUUCAGAUUUUUCUUUAUCAUGCACCAUUCCCGAUGCCAAAGAGUAUGACAUGUUCCAAUCGGCAUGUGCAUCGCCCCCAUGCUAGAUGCGAGGCAUUACUCGUUCCAGAUUUCUUCGUAUGAUUCUUUCAAUAUUCCACGUCGAGGCUACACAGGGCGUUAAACGGAUCAACGAUUUGCAUACUCUCAUUCUAAUCAUUAUGAGCACAAGUUUCUAAACGUA